UGCUUACAGUGGAUUUAGGCCACACCUUUACAAUAAAGUAAAAAUGAAACUACACCACCUUAUAUCCUUAUCUUUGCAGAACAGGUUCUUCAAUCUUUGGCUUUGAAAAACAGAGACAAUCAGUUCUGCUGUGCAUUUUGUCCUGAAAGUCUGAGGCAAAACUAAUAGACAGAAGUUGACAAGCCACUUCAGUGCCAUAUCAGGAGGUGUGCACCGACCCAGUCAUCACUUCAUGUAGACAAAGUUUCUGUAGUGCCUAUACUAAAACGGCCUCUUCAGAUUCAUUAGAGAUGGCUGAUCACACAAAGAUGCAAGAAAGCCUAAACAAAUCUAAUGUUCUCUGUGACGUCUGCCAUGGAAAUCAAAAACUCAGUGCAGUAAAAUCAUGCUUGCAGUGUAUAACAUCUUUCUGUGAGACUCACUUGGAAAAUCACAAAACAGCAGCAAGGCUCAUAAAGCACAAACUGAUCAACGCUGUGGACAACCUGGAAGAUUAUGUCUGUACUAAACAUGAAAAACCGCUGGAGCUAUUCUGCCGAGAUGACAGGUCAUUUCUCUGUCUGAUCUGCAUUGAAAUAGGACACAAAACUCACAACACUGUUCCUAUAGAACAAGAAAGUGAAGAUCGGAGGGCUCAGGUGGAAAAGACACAAGCGGAAGUUAAGAUGAUAAUACAGGAUAGAAUGAAGAAGACUGAGGAAAUAAAAAGCUCAGUAAAAACCAACGAGAACAACAGUGUCAAAAUUCUCACUGGUCUGAUCCACUGCAUUGAGAGAUGUCAGUCUGAGCUGUUGGAGGUGAUGGAGCAGAAGCAGAAAAUAGCAGAAAAGCAGGCUGAAGAGCUGAUUAAAGAGGUGGAGCAGGAAAUCACUGAACUCAAGAGGAGAGACACUGAGCUGGAGCAGCUCAAACACACUGAGGAUCACCUGCACCUCCUACAGACGUUUUCAACUGUGUGCGGCCCUCCACAAGUCAAGUCCUGCAGCAGCAACAUUACUGUUAUGAACAUAGAUCUGAACACAGAAACCUUGAACAAAGCUCUCCAGAGCCUUCAAGAAAACAUCCAAAUGGAACUGAAGAAAUUCUUUGAAAUCACGGCUGCCUAUUAUCCUGCUACACAGCAGUACCCAACAUCAGUGUCUGCCACGCCUGUCAUGAUGAACCCUGCUCAGCAGCAACCACCUCCACCUCCACAGCAAGCUCCACCUCAGCAGUCAGGACCAGUCAAACAAAGAGAGCGCAAACAGAUCAGAAUACUUGACCCCAACCAGGGUGGGCGUGACAUCACAGAAGAGAUCAUGUUUGGUAGAAGAAUGACCUCCACACCCACUUCUCUACAGACUGCUGGUCCAGAGGUGGAAGGUCCUGUCCAGACCAGUGGUGAAAGCGUUCCACCAGUUGCUGCCAUGAUUAGAGCUGGUUCCUCAGUGAUGGAGAAAAAAGAUGUAUCUGCUACCCUGAGCACACAGCAGGGCAUCCUGACAGAAGUUUCAAAUACUAGAGCAAGGAAUGUUCAGACAGAAGACAAAAUCUACUUCAACAAGAGCAGCACUGCCUCACCAAAAAGAGUGGAAAAGAACAAUAAAAAAGGUUUUGGCACUGCAGAUCUGAGUACACUAAAGAGACUUUACACAGUGAAUGUGAUUUUGGAUCCUAAAACAGCUUACCCUAAACUCAUCCUGUCUAAAGAUGGAAAACAAGUGAAGCAUAGUGGAUCCUGGAGAGAUGUUCCCAAUAACCCUGAGAGAUUUGACUCCUCUGCUUGCGUCCUGGGAAGGGAUGGCUUUUCCGGUGGGAAAUUUUAUUAUGAGGUUGAAGUUGGUGAAAAAACUGAAUGGGAUUUAGGUGUGGCUAGAGAGUCCAUUGACAGAAAGGGGAAAGUAACUGUGUGCCCAGAGAAUGGGUUUUGGUGUAUUUGGCUAAGAAAUGGGGAUGAAUAUGUCGCUAAUGAAUCUUGUCCUGUUCCUCUUUCCCUAAAAGAUAAACCCCAGAAGGUGGGGGUGUUUGUGGAUUAUGAGGAGGGACUGGUCUCUUUCUACAAUGUAGGGACCAAGGCUCUUAUCUACUCCUUCACUGGUCAGGCUUUCACUGAGAAAAUCUACCCAUUUUUCAGCCCUUGCAACAAGCGAGGAGAUGUGAACACAAAGCCUCUGAUUAUCUACUAGUUAGUUAGUCUACUACUAGUUAAAAAGUUAAUAAUUCUCUAACCUUCCUCAGAGAGUGCAGAUUGCAAUAUCCACAUAUGUGAAUGUUUGAUAGAUUAGGCUUACUAUACGUGUUUUAUGUUACACAGUAUAGUUCUGUGGUAGCAUAACUAUUAAUAAAUUAUUACAUACAGUACUUUUACAGAACAGAUGUUUUAUGAAAUGCACUAAAUUAAUAUGGGGAUUUAUUGUGAUGUUUAUUGUGAUUUAGAUGUGGCUGAUGUUCUGUCACUUACUACACCCUGAUCAUUUAACGCACCUGGCACACAGAACUGAUACAAAACAAAACAGUAGUUUCUUGUCAUUCAGUAGAGCAAAGCUCACAAGUAAUACUUUGCUUAAAUAAACAGUGCUCAAAAAGUUUUUUAAACACAUGCAACCUUUAGACAUCAUUAUGACACCAACUAGGUUUAUCAAAAGCACAUGAUUAACUUGUUUUGAGACUUAAAGGAGAAGUUCACUUCCAGAACAAAAAUGUGCAGAUAAUGUACUCACCCCCUUGUCAUCCCGGAUGUUGGUGCCUUUCUUUUUUCAGUCAUAAAGAAAUUAUGUUUCUUGAGGCAAACAUUCCAGAAUAUUUCCCCAUAUAGUUGACUUCUA